GAGGGUGGUGGGGGUAGUGGUGCAGAGGUUGGAAGGGAGCCCUCCAGAUACACGUAUAACAUAAAAGACACUAAUAAGCUAGGCAUGGACACAUAUUGGAGAGAUUAGAGAACAAACUUUAGAAGAAGAAAACAAUGUGCUGGAUCAAUCUCUAGAAUAUAUUUGGACUACACUUGGAAGCAGAAGGGUUUUUUUUUAACAGGACUCUGUGGGUAAGGCUGUUUUGUCUGCCUCAGUUCUCAGUGCUUCAGAUGAUUCUGAACUCUUUACUUGUGGUCAUAACUGACCUGGCGGCUGCGCUUCUGGGCAAUAUAUUGUUUCGCCGCUAUUUCCAUUUGUUUCUGUCAGCCAUGGUUAUGUUUGGACCCUUGCUGAGCUUAUGGGUAUCCCACUAUAGUGUUUUUGCUAAGAGGAGCCAUUAUCUUUACAGAGUUUUUCUGCGUUCAGGCUGGGGUUGGACCUGUAUCUUUGUAGGCUCUUUCGUCUUCCUCCUGUCUUUAUCUGUACGGCGCUCCUUAACACUCACACUUCGGCAUCUCUCAAGGCUGGCUGUAGCAGGCGGGUUGUGGCUGGGUUUCCGUAAGCUGCUUAGCCUGCUGGAGAAUGCCACAGGGAGUUGCUACGAGCCCCUCAGUGGAGCUCAUGAGCUUGCUGUAGGGACUAAUGGAGAAGGGCAGCCUUUAUUGCUGUUACGGGAGGGAGAGACAAAGGCUGUUUGCAUCAGCUCUGGCAUGGUAUGGCGUGGGUAUGAGGUCUCUGAGGACAUCUUUCUGCUUUCUUUUUGUUGCCUGCUGCUGGCUGAGGAGAUGGCUGUGUUUGGGCCCUAUCUGAACCUGGGUGGGAUGUCUGGAGCACCCCUACGCAUUCUGUUCUUAUUCUGUGUCCUGUUGCUGAGUCUCUGGUUGUUUCUACUUUUCUGCCUACUCGCUUAUUUUCCUCAAUUCCCAAAUCAGCUCUUGGGAGGAGCUCUGGGUUGCCUGAGCUGGAGGGCAACGUACCAGGGCUGGUACCAUAUGGGACCAAGCUGGUACUGCCCUGGAAGGCCUGGGGUGGGUCUUCUGACAACAUAGGGACAUAUUAACAAAACUGUUAAUAAAUACGUAAAUAAAUGAAUAAAUAUAUUAAUAGUUUAAUUAAAUUGGGGUAAAUAUGUUUGAAGAAUAAUUUAAUAAAGUUUAAUUUUCACAUUUUUGAA